AUGCCAAAUAUUUUCGAAACAUCUUACAUCAUUCUAUGGGUGUUCACUUUGACAACACUGACAUUGGCAAAUGUUCGAUUCACAAAUCUAAAAUGUAACUCACUCGAUCCGACAUUUUCAAUAGUUGAAAAAUGUAAUUUGAAGCUAAUACGUCGUGGAACUGUUGGUCUAAAUGUCACUGUUAAAUUACUUAAAACGCCCGUUUCAAGUGUUUCGGUUAAUGUUGCUUUCUUUAAGAAAUCAAAUGGCUAUCAACCGUAUCUGUACAAUACUUCGGCCGAUUUUUGUAAUUUUUUAAAACAACGUCAGAAAUAUCCCAUUUUGCAAGUUCUGGCCAAUUAUAUGCUGCACAGAACCAAUAUAAAUCACACGUGUCCAUUUGAUCAUGACAUCAUUGCCGAAAAUCUAGUAUUGAAUGAAAAUAUUUUCAAAUUGCUGCCUUUGGGUAAUGGCGAAUAUAUGUUUCGCAUAAUGGUGGGUGCCUACAAUGAUUGGAAAUGUGACAUUAAAUGCUAUUUUAGUAUUUUCUAAUAAAAUUUAUCGGAAAGUGCUAAUUGUCGCAAUUGUCAUUACACCUCCGAUGUUUUUCACCACAGAAGUUCAACAAAUUUAUUUUAUGAAUGUUACCAAAAUAAGCCGAUCAUAAAAAUUUUCAAACUUGAACAAAUUUAAC